AGUAACUUUCAUCAGUUUUCUUGAGUUGUUCCUAUCGAAUCGCGAAAUACCCAAGAAAUAGGUUUCUUGUUGGAUUAAUAAGUAAAAAGUUUGUGUUUUUAUGAUGUAAACAGAGAAACCCACCUCGUUUUAAGCAAGUUUGGGUGCCGAUUCAACGUUCGCCUCCUGCUUUCACUGCUCCCAACACCACGGAAUCUUUUAAUCUGACCAUGGAACGAGAUUCAUGGUCUAGUGAUGAGCUUGAUAUUAAACAAAAGGGAACUGGUGUUUUCCUUCCAAACUCGGAACUAAAAGAGACUGCUACAAAUCAAGAAGAGAGCAUUGUCACAAUUGAGAUCCUGCCAGAUGACAUGCACGAGAGAAUCCUAUCCUGCCUCCCUAUAUCAGCAAUAUUCAAAGCUUCUUGUGUAUGUAAGAAAUGGAACCAUAUUAUCCACUCAAAGAAAUUCAUCCUAAAUGAUGCUACUUUCUUGUCAGAAAAACCUUGGUACUUCAUGUUCACUAGCUCGGUUGAGCCUGUGGGAUAUCUUUAUGAUUCGGGUAUGCGAAAAUGGUAUAACUACGAGCUCCCAUUCAUGGUACACCACACGUGGAACAUUGCUCCAUCGCGUGGCCUUGUAUGCUUCAUGGAUGAUGUAACCAACAAAGAGAUCUACAUUUGUAAUCCCAUAACUCGUGAUUAUAAAGUUAUUAAAAACCCACCAUGCGUGGGUUUCCCAGUCUACAGUGCUUUGGCAUUUUCUGUUGACCAGUCAAAGUCAAAAUACACGAUAUCCAUCGUUCGGUCAAUGCAAGCUUCUGAUGAUUUUUUCUUGUGGGAUUUCUCUAUCCAUGUUUACAAUUCAAAUGAUAAUAUUUGGUUACCCCCUAUGAUGGGAGCAAUGAAAAGGUGGAGACCAGGGGAUAUAAGUGUAAUUUGUGAUGACAUUUUGUACGUAUUGGUCUUUUGCACGAUACCUAACGAGGUUCAGAAUUUGCACGGUGUGAUAACUUACAAUCUUGAUAACACUGAACCCUUGACUGGUGUUUUGAAGGAUGAAUCCGUAAUAUCAGCACCUUGUGCGCUUACAUGUGGAAGGUUAAUGAAUGUUCAGAAAAAGCUUGUGCUUGUUGGUGGCAUAGGGAGACCAAAUAGAUCAGGGGUAAUAAAGGGUGUUGGCAUAUGGGUUCUUGAUGGGAGGGUGUGGACAGAAAUGACCAGAAUGCCCCAUAAAUAUGUCCAGGGUUUCGGGGAGUUGGAUGAUGUUUUUGCUAGCACUGGGGGUGGGGAUCUGAUAUACAUACAGAGUUAUGGAGGAACAGCUUUGCUUGUGUAUGAUAUGGAUACUAGGCAGUGGUUUUGGUCUCAUAAGUGUCUGAUGCAUAAGAAGUUUCCGCUUGAAAUCUUUUCAGGAUUUUGCUUUGAACCUCGGCUCCAGUUCAUGUAGUAAUUCAGGUCCGUAAUAAAAUGACAUUGAAAUGGUUUUUUGUUGCUAAGUAGAAAUUGUGUUCUGUUAGGCUCAAUUAUAUUGUCAUGAAAUCCUGAAGUUUGCAGCCAUCAAUAAUAGACACAAUGUUCUGUUUGAUUUUGUGAGAUAUAUGAAAUAGAAAUGGUUUUUUGUUGCUAA